AUGUAUCCUGGUCAAAAAUAUAGACAACAACAGCAACAGAAUUCUCCUAACCCGGCUCGUCCAGUCGGAGCGCCAGGUCAACAUAAUGCGCAAUAUCCACCUGUGGGUGCGCCGGGACAACAUAAUUCCAAUUAUCCACCUCCUCCACCUUACGGUGGCCCAGGGGGAUUUGCUCCGCCCGGACCGUAUGGUGCAUAUCCACCGACGCCAUCAGCUGGAGUUUAUGGGCCUCCACCUAGUGGACCCUAUCCUAAUGCUGGUUAUGCACCUCCACCUGGUCCUGGUGCAAGCUAUCCUCCUCCACCAUCAGGAGGAUACGCUCCACCACCAAAUCCGUACGCUCCACCGCCAAAUCCGUAUGCUCCACAAUCAAAUCCAUACGCUCCACCACCAGGUCCCUAUGCUCCUCCAUCCGGUACAGGUUAUCAGUACGGUUAUAAUGCAGGCCCCCCACAUCAAGGAUUCCAAUUAAGCACUUGCACGGGACGAAAAAGAGCUCUACUGAUUGGGAUUAAUUACAUGAAAACCAGGUUUGAAUUGAAAGGUAAUGUCCCAGCAGGAGACGUGUAUGUGAAAAAGAGCAAGAGGGGAUUGAGAUAG